AAAUUUCCAGUCGCCGGCAGGGGACGGGAGAAAAUUACAGAAGAGGUGGCUCCGUCGUUUUAGAGAGGAACACUCAAGCGCUGUCCAGAAUUGGGGCUCUGCUAUUUUCCCCGAAGAGCGCCAAUUGAUAUGUCCAAGCUACAAUGACCAGGCUCAAUCGAACUGCCAUAUCUCGCAGCCAGAUCGCUGUCUGGUGUCUCUUGCACGACUCUUGACGGCUUGCCGGACACCUAUCAGCUCUCAGGACUGACAUGUUGUGUCUGAUCACCACGGCUAUUCGUCCACAGCCUCCUGCGUCUACACAUAGAUUGGCCAGAACCACGCUUCGAGUCCGAUCUGGACGUCCAUGUCCGCGUCUCAGUCGGUCGCUGAUUCUUUGGGCCUGACUCAAUCAGAACUCGUUCUCAUUCGACAGCAACAACAGAUCAUGGCCCAACGAAGUCAUCAAGGCGGCGGAGUGGCCGACCGUGGCCGAGGCACAAGCAGGCAGUCCAACCCGAGUUCUCGUGCAGGCAGCGCGGCCAGCAGCCAGUCGGGAAGGAUUUUGCUUGAUCCGCAUAGUCUGCAAACCUUAUCUACGCAUCUGGACAAUGUGCUGAGGACCAUUCAGCGUCGUAUCCAACACUUAGAAGACGCAACCGAGCAAUCGGUCUCAGCAUCGAGUGGUAGGGCACAGUCUGCCAUGCAUAGUGCGGAUUCCGAGAUUACCAGAAUGCGGCGUAUUCUGGCCGAGAUCGAUAAAUUGGAGGAAGAGUUUGCAAAGAUCAAGCGGAUUCGAGACAAAGUCAAACACUACAGAAGCAAUGUCGAUGCGCUCUCGGAAAGAUUUGAACGCACUCGCAUAAGCGGCCAUGGAUCAGGGACUCGGCCUCGACGCUGAAGUUCCACCGGCUCCUUCAGCGGCUCGCGACAGAUGACGAUGUAUGCGACACUUGCACAGCGUCCGUACUAAGAAGUAUACUUCAAGCUGUAUUGGUGCUUGUCCUCAACAUACCACGCCUCACGAACGAUUUGACGUGUUUUUAUAUCCAAAACCAUACCACGGCGAACGCAGAGACGGAAGCCUCACGGCUGGUCAUUGACUUACGAAUCAUGCCUGAUGAAUGUAUGAGUAAU